AAUCAGGUCUUUGGCAGGAAGCCUGGGAGGGCUGAGAAGCAGGUGGUGGCUUCCUGCUCAGGCCGAGGGAGGGUGGUGGAGGUGAGCUAGGGCGGGGAGCGGUUCCCCUGCAUGCCCCCCCCCCCGUUACCUGCUGCAGCGCGGGCGGCCCUCCUCACACCCCUGCCCCUGCCCGAGCUCACCUCCCUCUCCCUGGGCCUGAGCGGGAAGCCGCGGCUUGCUUCUCAGCCUGCCCCAGCUUCCCACACCGAACAGCUGAUUCGCGCAAAGCCGGGGGGGGGGGCGGAGAAGCAGAGCGGGGCAGCGCGUUCAGGGGAAGAGGCGGAGUGGAAGUGAGCUGGGGCCAGGGGUGGGGUGGGGAGCUACCGGUGAGUGCUCUGCACCCACCAAAUUUUCCCCUUGGGUGCUCUAGGGCUGGAGCACCCAUGGAGUCGGCGCCUAAGGCGCCACUUUUGGCCGGUUAAAUUUAGAAGCCCUGUUAUAACCAGUUGUCCCUCGCGAAACAACCGCUUCUAAAAGGUCUUCUAAAUUUAACAGCCGGUUCUAGCGAACCGGCUCCAGCUCACCCCUGGCUCUUUGGCAACGUACAUUGGUAAAUUCUUGCUCCUUCUCAGGCUUAGGUUGGCCACCCCUGCGCUAGACGGACCGUAGGUCGGACCCAGUGUGGCCAUGCUUAUGUAUGGUGGUCAGGGUGCGGGCGCAGGGUGCUCUGUGCCUGAAGCCGGACGCAGUGAUCACCCUGACCCCGCUCACAGACCAGGGAGCCGAGGGGGGAGCGCAGCGGUCCCGCCUGCCCACCGAUGUUUCCUGGAGGCAGAAACCUACCCCAGAGGGCUCGUGCGGAAGGGCCCGCCCCCCCUAUGUACUGACAGGCCAUACCGCUCUGUAAGGCCCCCGCACGAGACGCACAACCAUUACGCGCAGCUAUCGCCAGAGGGGAGAACUCAGCCCGCCAGAGCCGCAGCUGCGCUGACACGGGGCGGGGACAUGCACCCCGGCUUCUCCGGCUCCCACCGCCGGGACGCCCUCUGCUGCCCGCGCAUGCGCGCAGGCGCCUCGGCCGUUGGCCGCAGGCCGUGGCCCCGCCCCCUCGGGGCCGCGCGCGGAGGGCGCCGGGGACACACACGAGAGGGGCCCCGCCUUUCCUGCCGGAGGGAGCUGUUCGUGGUCAGACGGGAAGAUGGCGAACCUGGAGGAGCAGCUCUCGGAUGAGGAGAAGGUGCACAUAGCAGCGAAGUUCAUCAUUCAUGCUCCUCCUGGGGAAUUUAAUGAGGUGUUCAAUGAUGUUCGGUUGCUGCUUAAUAAUGAUAAUCUUCUUAGGGAAGGAGCAGCCCAUGCAUUUGCACAGUACAAUCUGGAUCAGUUUACUCCAGUGAAAAUUGAAGGUUAUGAUGAACAGGUAUUGAUAACAGAACACGGUGAUUUGGGCAAUGGAAAAUUUUUGGAUCCAAAAAACAAGAUAGCUUUUAAAUUUGAUCACUUAAGAAAGGAGGCUACUGAUCCUAGGCCACAUGAAGCUGAAAAUGCGGUUGAGUCCUGGAGAAAUUCAGUAGAAACUGCAAUGAGAGCCUAUGUGAAGGAACACUACCCCAGUGGUGUCUGCACAGUAUAUGGUAAAACAGUUGAUGGACAGCAAACCAUUAUUGCAUGCAUAGAGAGCCAUCAGUUCCAAGCAAAAAAUUUUUGGAAUGGCCGUUGGAGGUCAGAAUGGAAGUUUGCAAUUACCCCUUCAACCACUCAGGUGGCUGGCAUCUUGAAAAUUCAGGUUCACUAUUAUGAAGAUGGUAAUGUUCAGCUAGUGAGCCAUAAAGACAUACAAGAUUCAUUAACAGUGUCUAACGAAGCCCAAACAGCAAAGGAAUUUAUAAAAAUUGUAGAGGCUGCAGAAAAUGAGUAUCAGACUGCUAUCAGUGAGAAUUAUCAAACUAUGUCAGACACUACUUUCAAGGCCUUACGUCGACAAUUGCCAGUUACCCGCACUAAGAUUGACUGGAACAAGAUCCUUAGCUACAAGAUUGGAAAAGAGAUGCAGAAUGCUUAAGAAAAACAUUGCAUGACUGGAUAAUUUUAGUGUUCUUUCUUUUCAAAUAAAAAGUAUUUGGAACUGUUGUCACCCAGUCAGCAUGGGCUUUUGCCAUUGAAAAAUCACUGUAAGUACUUUGGUUAGAGCACAAAGCUUAACGAAUGAACCUUUUUUUGUUUGUUUGUUUUUUCAGUUUGUUUCCUUUUUCUCAGAGGGUCGCAAAAUCAAUAUAGCUGAAAACCUUCCUCUAGAGUUUCUGUUGUAUCUUUACUUUUUUUAUAAUGAAAAGACCAUGCCUUUAGAUUUCAAUUUAAAAUUAAGAACGGUUUAAAAAAUAUUUUUGCAUACAAUAACUCUCUCUUGCUUUCAUAUGAAGUGAGCAACUUCUGAAAUUUGCUGGAUUCCUUGAAGAUUUCAGAAAUGUACAUUUCUAGUUCAAGGCUCAUGAUGGAUUUAGCCAUAUAUGCUGCUGUAGAAAUCAUCCAGCCCUUCAUUGGAUGCAAGAUUGGGGAAAGCAUUGUCUAUUUUAAGUAUCUUAAAACCUUUCAAAAUACUUAUUCAGCUGGCUCAGUGUUAACUUUUUUAAACAAGGCCACGGUCUUACGCUGUUUGAAGAUUUUGAAAUUAAAUAAAGUACUUAUUUCAGAAAUGCAUUUAAUGCUUUAUUCCUGACAGUUACUUAAUGAGUUCAGAUUCCAUCUGCCAGAGUUAUUUUUUAUCAUACAGCCACAAAUGUAAUAUAACAAGGCAUAUUGUAAUAUAUAAUCCUGUACUCAUUACCAUGUCUCAGUUUUUUUUUCUUGGAUUGAAAUGUACUAAAAUUCAAUGUGACAUUAAAAUGCAGAUUUUCUAUUUA